AUGGUUAAAAAGUGCUGUGCUCCUGAAUGUAAUGGAAACUAUGAUGCUAAAAAUAAAGUACGAGUUUUGAGGCUUCCCUCCAAUGAAGAAGAAAAAAAUCGUUGGAUAAAUUCAAUUCCAAGAAGUAAUUUUCCAAAUAAACGAGAUACUGUUGUCUGUAAAAGACUUUUUCCAGAAAAUUUUUUAACAACUAUUGUCAAUGGGAAAGUUAGACCAAAUGAACCUCCUUCAAUUUUUCCAAACAUUCCAGCUAGUGUGGUACCAAAUCAACCUUUAAAACCAAGGUCCACUACUAAAGUGUUGUUUUCAUUCAGAAAUGAUACGAAUAUAUUUGAAUUAUUUGAAGAAGAAGAAUCAGAUAAUGGCCUCGUGUUGGAUAGUGACGACGAUGAGUAUUUUCCAGAAAAUGAAGUGGCAGCUUCGGAUUUGGAUGAUACUGAAGAAGUUGAUGAGAAUGAACUUGUCGAAGAUGAAGAAAGUAAAAAAGAAGAUGAUGAUGACGAUGACGAAGAAAGUGAAAUUGAAACGCCAGUUAGUGGACCAGUCAUGACAGCAAAAGAUGGUACUAAGUGGGCUAAUACACCAACAAUUGAACAUCAAGUUGCAAGGCGUAAUAUUAUGCAGGAGAGAUGUGGACCUAGUAGGAAUACUGACAUGCUGACAAUUCUUGACACUUUCAAAUUAUUUUUCACUCCUGAAAUGGCUGAUAUCAUUAUACGCCAUACAAAUAAAAAAGCAAACUUAACAUAUGCUACAUAUAAUGAAAAAAAUCCAGGGAAAAAACAACUAGUGUGGAAAAAUCUAGAACUUCAGGAAUUGUAUGCAUUUUUGGCUAUUUUGAUAACGUCUGGUGCCAAUAAUUCAAAUACGGACAAUACAAAGGAUAUGUGGCAGUCGUACUCUUAUCCAUUGUAUCGUGCAAUAAUGGGCAUCAGUCGCUUCUGGAAUAUCAUUCGCUUUAUUCGAUUUGAUGAUGCCAAUACUCGUGCUAAACGCAUGGAAAUGGAUAAAGCUGCUCCAAUAAGAGACAUUUGGAGAAUGCUUAACAAUAAUUUAGCAAAACAUUAUAAGCCAACAGAGCACCUGACCAUCGACGAACAACUUUAUCCCUACCGAGGUCGAAUUAAGUUCACUCAGUAUAUUCCAUUAAAACCAGCCAAGCAUGGAAUCAAAGUAUGGUGGAUAUGUGAUGCAGAAAACUCGUAUCCUCUGACUGGACAGAUCUACACUAGAAAAUUGAGUGCCGGCCGUGAAAAAGAUAAUGGUGAGAGAGUUGUUAAAGACCUGGUAGCACCAUAUAAAGGAUCUGGUAGAAAUAUUACAAUGGGUAAUUACUUUACUACUCUGACAUUGGCAAAAACUUUAUUAUCCUGGGACUUAACAAUCGUUAACUUUUUGAAAAAAAAUAAGACGUGCAUUCCACCUGCAAUGACUGCAUUGAAAACACGAGAAAAACUAUCCACUGUGUUUGGUUUUCAUGAAAAAGUAACCAUGUGCAGCUAUGUGCCAAAAAAAAAAGAGCAGUUAUUAUGCUAUUAUCAAUGCACAAAGAAGCAAAAAUUGCAGUUGGUGCAAAGAAAAAACCAGAAAUUAUUGAGUUUUAUAACUGGUCAAAAGCUGGUGUUGACACAAUGGGUAUAAAGCUUAGUAGAUAUACUACUAAAAGAUCAACUCAAAGAUGGCCUCUUGCAUUUUUCUACAAUAUUCUCGAUGUCACCUGCCUUGCAGCAUAUAUUCUUUAUUACGAGAAUAAUAAAAUGCUUAAAAAAAAGUCAUACGAACGACGAUUAUUUUAUCGGCAAUUGGGCAGAGAGCUGCGUACUCCAUUCGUCAAAAGCCGUUCGCAUAAUCCACAAAUCAUGAGGCAUUUCACAACAAAAGUCGCAAUUGAAAGUUUUUUUGGUCGAGCUAUAAAUCUAAAUAUUCAGCCAACAGCAAAUAAAUCUUAAAGACCCAAAGCACAACUUGAUUCAACUGGAAGGAAAAAGAUUACUGGGGUAUGCCAUGUUUGUCUCACCUGCGAAUUAAAAAAUCGUCGCAAAACUCGAAAAUCAUGUUCGAUAUGCGAGGUUCCAAUUUGUGACGAGCAUUGUAUUUUCACCACAACAUGCGAGGAAUGUGUGAAAUAAUGAUUACCUUCGUGUUGUGCUUAAAAAUAUAAAUUAUAAUAACUGAAAACAUACAAUGUUAUUAUUGUGUAUAACCCAGCUUUCAUAUAUAUUAAAUGAGUACCUGGGUACCCGGUUAUUGAUCGGAGGAGGUAUCAAGUUUGAUAGCUAAUUACUGCUAUUGAAUUAGUGAUUUGGGAAUAUUUUAACUAAAAUUUGUUAUGUCAACUUUGGGGAUCCGAGCAGUCAUAAAAAAAUUUGGAGGUGAUGUCUAUAAAUUCUACAUUGGAAACUGAAAUGGAUACCCAGGUACCCGGUUACUGACCAGACGGGUAAAAUUGCUUUUGAAUUCAAUAAAUUUUUUUCUUCAAUCGGAACAAGCUUAUCAAAUAAAAUUCUUUAUCUUAAUGACAAAUCAUUUAAUGAGUUUAUAACAUCACUUAUUUUAACUUUAAAUUUUUCAAAUCUAACAUACAGCGAAAUUGAAGCAGCGUUUAAAUCAUUAAAACGGAAUAAGGCAAACGGGGCUGAUUGCAUCAAUGGAAAUGUUAUCAUAGACUCCUUUGACGUUUUGAAAUAUAUACUCUUUAAAAUUUGUAAAGCUUCUGUUGCACAGGUGACCAUUUUAACAUUACAAAUUAACGUCCUGUUUCAGUUCUUCCGGUUUUCUCUAUAAUACUAGAAAAAAUAAUGUAUAACAGAGUCUACAAUUAUUUUGUUGAUACUAAACUUUUAUAUAAUAAUCGAUUCGGCUUUCAGAAAAACUAUUCUACUGAA